CAGCAAUCGGGUCAGACCGCACCACGAGAGGAGACGAGACGAGACGAGGCGAGCCGAACGGACACGGGACGCCGCCCCGCCCGGACGGACAACAACGCGCAGGCUCGAACUGCUUCCCUCUCCUCGCGCUCCUUCCCGCCUCCGCGCUCCGCCCCGCCGGCGCCACACCCUCCUCCGCCUGCCGCCUCGCCUGCCGCCUCCGCGGCACAAUCCUCCGGCGACCUUCCUCAGUGUCCCUCUGACACCUCUGGCCCCUCUCCGCAGCUGCCCGGCCUCCUCUGCCCCAAACCCUAACCCUAGCUCCGCGCGCAGGGGCCCAAGUGAUUUGUGUUGGAAGGAUACCUCUCUUUGUUGGUGCUGUCAACAAUGAAUGGCUGCUUUCAUUGAGGCACGGGCGAUGCCUGCUUCUGCUUUUCUUCAAUGGUGAAUGCUAAGCCAUGCUCAAUGGGUGGAAUUAUUGAUUAUGGUGUUGAUGUGGGCACUAAAACAUCACCCCGCAGUCUGGCCAUUGAGAAAGCCCAGGAGGAGCUCAGGCAGGAGUUUGAUGUUCGUGAAGAACGGAGGAAAGAAUUGGAAUUUCUAGAGAAAGGAGGCAACCCAUUGGAUUUCAAAUUUAUACAUGUAGAAACAGUCAGUGUACACUCCGCUUCUCUCACAAAUCAAACAGAAGCACAAAAUGUGAUAAGUGACGCUAAAGGUAGUUUUUCUGCAUCGCCUCAUGGAGACUCAGUUGAGAGUAGCGACAAACCAGGAAGUUCACUAUGCCGUGAAACCAACAUAGCAGACAAUCUCAUGCUUUUGGAUGGAAGUAACAAUGGCAUGGCAGAGGGAAAGAUUGUAAAGAAAGGAACCAAAAGAUUAAAUGCAGCCCAACCCAAGCAGUCCUUGCCCAAUGAUGGUCACAAAUAUGCGAAUAAACCUGUUUUUUCAGGUUUUUCACGUCUUGGAGACAAAAGCCAGGCAUAUGUUCGGCGCAACAGGUCAAAGCCAAGUAGAGAGAGUGCGAAUGUUGCUUCUGUUAGAUCUUCUAUACCUCCUGUCAAAGGUUAUGAUACGAAAGAUGAAAACGAUAUAUUACAGAAAAGCAAUGUAGGUGAUCAUGGUGAAUGUUCUGUUUCUAGUAUGAAACAGUCUGGAUCAAACUAUGACAAUGCACCAAAGAAUGCAGCUUCUGAUGGUCAAGCAGAAAUGGAGUUGGAUGUGAUUCAUACAAUUGAUGAAAGUGAGUGUGUGGUGAAUGAGGAAGCAAAGCAAGCUGACAGCAAUAGUAAAGCUAAAGAAGUGCCUUCACAUGAUGCAAAUUACAAUCGGCUACUUGGGUGUGGUGACACUGCUGAAGUUGCAUCUGCAGAAACUCCUGACACCAAUUUAAAGGUUCCUAAGCCUUAUCCUAAUGCAUCUACACAUGAUGAAAGAGAGUCAUGUGCUGUUGACAAGAAGGCUGACGAUGGUCACUUGGACAAACAUAUGGCCCAUAUCCAUGAAGGGAAACUUGAUAGCAGGAGGAAAGUUCCUGUCUCUGCUGUAGAAGCUUCUACUUCACACAAAAAUGGAGUGGGUGCACCUUGUGAAGGCACCUUGAAUAUUGUUGAUGAUCAUGCAGAUGGAGACACCAAUCCUGUUGCAGUGAAGAUUGAUGUAAAGUAUCAUGAAGACCUAGACAGUAGUAGAUGUUAUAGUACGAAGGAAAGUUCCGAUAUUGUACAGCCUGAAGCCAGUCUUCAGAUGAAAGAUGAAAUGGAAGUUUGUGACAGUGCAAUAGUUGCACAGAAGGAUGCAGGGUGCCUAUCUUCUGUCAACACCAUGAACAUUGAGGAAAGUCCAGCUUCAGAUAGGAAAAAUAGUUGUGUUGGGGAUUCGGACUCAGCUCAUCCCAUUUCUGUAGGCAUUGAUUUGCCUAAAGCUUUGCCUUCACCAAAAAAUGAUGAACCUAACUUAGAGAGUGAGAUUAAAAAAUCUAAGGCAUAUGAAGAUUCUAUUCUUAAAGACGCUCGUGUUAUAGAGGCUAGUAUUAGAAGAGCUGGUGAACGAUCUCACUGUAACAUUGCUUUAGAGAAGAGGAGUAAGAGUCACUGGGACUUUGUCCUUGAGGAGAUGGCAUGGAUGGCAAAUGAUUUCAUGCAGGAACGACUUUGGAAAAGUGUGGCUGCAGCUAAAAUGUGCCAUUGGAUUGCCUCAGAUGGCCGUGCCAAAUUUGAAGAAGCAAGCAUUCAGAGAAAGCAGAAAAAUAUUAUGAAAAUCAUUGCAAAGGGCAUCAUGAGUUUCUGGCGUUCAGCUGAGGCUUUACAAACUGCUGACAUGACAGCUAAAAUGAUGCAUGCACACAAUUCAACUAUGCUGGAGGAGAUGCAGGCUUCUGGAAUCAAAGCUGAAAAAGAACAGGUUUACAAGUCACUGGAAGCCAAAGAAUCCAUGCAGCCUUGGCAGUCACAGAUUCAGGAUUAUGCAGUUCGAUUUCUUGAAUAUAACUGUAAAGCAGCUGAUUCUCAUGUGUUGCCUGAAGCCCCACCUACUCCUGACAGGCUGAAUGACUUCGGAAUCUUGAAAUUGUCUGAUCAUCUCUCAGAAGAAUGCCUCUUCUAUACAGUACCACCUGGGGCAAUGCUGGCAUACAGGGAGUCUCUGGAAUCUCUUUCCGUGCAUCACAAGGAGGUUGGCAACGCUGAACUCAACGAUGACUACGAGGCAUCUGUUUGUGAUUCUGCUGCAGUUUGUUCAGAUUUGCUCCGGGAGAAUGCAUAUGAGGAGGAUGAAGGCGAGACGUGUACUUAUCUUUCUCCUAAAGCAUAUGAUGGUGGUUGCUUAUCAAAUAUGGGUCACAGGAAGAAACAUCUAAUGCAGCAAAGGAUUAGCGUUGCAAGGCCAUAUGAAAUUGGUACCAAUGUGCCUUAUGAACCAUGCUUGGAAAGCAAGUCAGGGAACCAGCCAUUGUUAUCAAAUGGCAAAAGACCUACUUCUUUCCUCACAAUACCUCCAAAGCGCAUCCGUACAGCUGCCAGGCAACGAGUUGUAAGCUCAUUUCAUGCUGGUGCUAGUGGACCACCCCAAGUCACAAGUAAGACAGAUGCUUCAAGUGGAGACACAAACUCCUGCCAAGACGAUCAAAGUUCUUUGCAUGGAGGGUCCUUUCCAUGGAGGAACACUGAUUUUGAAUCUACAGUUGAGUCGAAUAGACAACUGCCUUAUGAUGCUCGCGAAGCGUGCACUAAAGCAAGCAAGAAGAAAAAGCUUAAGAACCCAGGAUACAAGAUUGCUCAAAACACAGUCAACUCCUCUAUGCCAACUUCUGUAAAGUUUCAGGGCCGUAUGUAUGAUUCGAGACUGCAAGUUGACUUGACUAACAAAUAUGAGCAGAAGGAGUACCUGAAGAAGAGAUCAGAUAUCCACCAAUAUGAUUCAAAUGGGAACAGUGUUGCAUAUGGUGGUCAACAUGCUUCUAAGAAGCUUAAAAUAGUGAAGCAAGGAUUAGAUAUUUCGCAAGAAGCUUCUCAUGCUGCAUCACAGAUGAGCAACAUGGCAAAUUCUGCUAGAUUUAUAAAGUUCAUCACUAAUAGGGAUCGUGGGAGAAGAUGCAAAGCACUGAAGAUGACUUCUGUUGGUGGAUGGUCAAACUUCGAGGAUCAGGCUCUUGUCGUCCUUGUCCAUGAUAUGGGUCAAAACUGGGAGCUAGUUUGCGACGCAAUUAAUAGCAUCGUGCAGUUCAAGUCUGUACAUAGGCAACCUAAAGAAUGCAAGGAGCGACACAAGGUUCUUGUGGAUAGAAGUUCUGGUGAUGGUGCUGACAGUGCAGAGGACUCCGGUUCAUCUCAGCACUACCAUAGCACAUUGCCGGGCAUUCCAAAGGGUAGCGCAAGGCAAUUAUUCGAGCGGCUUCAAGGACCAUUUGAUGAAGAGAACCUUAAGGCGCAUUUUGAAAAAAUUAUUCUACUUAUGCAACAAGUGCAUGCCAGAUGUAGACAGGGUAAUCGCCAGGAGCUCAAGCCAAUCAUACAGCCACAUAGUUCCCAUGUUAUCGCACUGUCACAAGCAUGCCCGAACAGAAUAUCUGCGGACACUUUGAUGCCCCUUGAUCUCUGUGAUGCAACAAGCCCAAACCUUGAUUCAAUUGCACCUGGCAGUGUGUACCCAGGUCCUCAUACAAAUGGAAUAUCACCGCCAAACCAUCAGGGUUCUAUUUGUCCUUCUACUCCUACUUCAAGUCUGAAUUCCAGGUUACCAGGAUCGCCUGGUGUAGUUCCGGGCAACAAUUCACCAUCACCUUCAACAUUGAAUACUCCUAGGGAUGCUCAGAAAUAUGGUGUUCCUAGACCUACUUUACAGGGUGAUGAGCAACCAAAGAUUCAGUUUAAUCAGAUGGUCAAUGGCAGAAAUCUUCAGCAACCUGGAGCUUCUGUUACUGGAGCAUUUCCUUCUGGGGUUGAUUGUGGUGCUCGUAUGAUGCCUACUGCCCAUGGUAUGGGAACGGUGGCAGGACUAAAUCGAGGUAUGCCUGCUGCCAGGCCAGGGUUUCCAAGGAUUAAUUCACCAGCAACGCUAAAUGCAGUUUCAUCUGGAAAUAUGUUACACAACGGUGGGCAAGGUGUGCCCAGUGCAGUAAGUGUCUAUCCUGGAGCCAUAUCUGGUCCUGGAAACUCAAUCUUGAGGCCACGCGAUCCUAUGCAGACACUUCGUCCUGUUCAGGGUAUAGAAGAGCAUAGGCAGAUGCCUGAGUUCGACAAGCAGGUUGCACAGGGAAGUAGCCAAGCCACCAUCCAGUUCAGCAGCAUGAAUCCAUCAUUCUCGAGCGUUGCAGCUUCUUCACCUGUUCAGCAACCCCAACAACCACAUCAGAUGUCACAAUCAUUGCACAUGUUUGGAAAUCCACACCACUCUCAGAUUCAGGGUACUAGUUCAAGCCCACAACAGCAGCCCUAUGCUGUGCAAUUGGCUAAAGAAAGACAAACGCAACAACGUAUGGCACCUCAACAGCAUAGUGAUGUUUCUGGAGCAAGUGCAGUACUCAAUGUACAGAUUAAUACUCAAAUACUGCAGCAGGGCCAAGCCUCUGCUGCCAACCCAGUUCCUUGUUCACAACCACAGCAUCAGCGACAGCAAGCUGCACAAAAUGUGCCGGAUAGCUCUUCAUCUCCCAACCAACCUGCCAGUAUUACACAACAGAAGCAGAAGAAACAACAGGGACAACAGCAGCCUAGACAGAAUCACCAACAAAGGAAUCACGGUAGUCAGCAAGCUAAGCUUAUGAAGAGCUUAGGACGAGGAAACAUGCUAAUCCCCCAGACUACUCCAAUUGAUAGCACGCCCGCUGCUGCUUCUACUCCACCAAAAAAACACGUGUCCGAAAAACUGGUGCAACAUGGCCAAGGCCAAGGACUUAUCCCUGCUAAUACAGCAUCAAUGCCUUCAAUGCCUCAUCCUGGGAAUCAACCUAAGCUAAUCAAUUCAUUGCCCCAGUCACCAAAGAAGAUGCCAGAUAUUGGUAACCAAGGCUUAAUGCAGGGUUCUUCAAGUCAGACCCUGUUAGCUACGCAACAACUUCCAUUUCAUUCUAAAUCGACAUUGACUACAGAGCUUCAGCAGCAGCUGAUCAAUCCAUCACAAAACAGCAUUGACAGAGCAAUGGUGCAACAAAAACACCAAAUGAACUCUGACUGUAGGACAGACAUCAAUAUCGAUCAAGUCCACAAUCAGAUGGUUCCAACAUCCUUGCCACAGAGUGCAGAUUCAGGCAGCCCUGUAGCGCCAUUGGUGAACCAGCAGAAGCAGGAGGCAUCACAUAAUCUGGCUUCAGUAACCCCAUCACUGAAGCUGCAUAGCUCUCCUAAAGAUACUUCUUUUGGGAGCGAAACAUUAUCUAGCGAAGACCUGCUGCAAAGGCAAGUUUCCGGUGGUUUUCCUGUUCGUGGUCAUGGUGUUGGUGGCCCGUGGAACCAACAAGUUAGGCAGCAGUUGCAGCCUCAGCAUCAGCAGAGAACAGUUCUUCAAGGCAGUGUAUAUGCUCCUUCAAAUUCUGGGCCUGGCUGAUCAUUAAUGAAUCCAGGCUGCUCAUUUUCAGAUAUUUGUAAAGUUAAUGUACAGGUGUCUGUUCUUUGGAAGCUGUGGGUGAUAGUGCUUAAUUUUACUUGGAGCUAGCUAAUUUUUCUCACCUUAAUGUCAGGUAGAUAAUUGUUUGUCAGUUUAGGCCCCAUCUUUUGAAGUUGGGUUGUGUUGCGAUCUAGAAUGUAGAAGAUAGGUGGAGGUGGUUGUUAGAUUGUAACCCAGAAACCUGGGCCCAGCUGUAUAUUUUGAUAUGAGGUCCAUGCUUCUAGAGUCAGGAAGGAGAAGGAGAUCGGGAUUAAUUACUUAUCUUUUGUAUGUAUUUGUAAUCCUGUAUGUCUAACUUUAGGUUUGUGAAUGCAAAAGAGCUCUUUUUGCGUUUUGUGAUGUCAA